UUCCCCGCCCCGCAGUUCUGGCCAGCGUCCCGGCGCGCACGGACGUGGCUCGAGUUUCCUCCGCUCCGGGCUGCGGCUCCCUUUCCCCUCUCUCGCUCCUCCUUCUCUCAGGGUCUCCCGCUCCAGUUCAACCCGGCCGGGGCUCCCCACCCUCGCCCCCCAGCACGGCUCCGGGAAGCCAUGGAGGAUGUCACUCUCCAUAUCGUCGAGAGGCCGUAUUCCGGAUUCCCCGAUGCCUCCUCCGAGGGCCCGGAGCCCACCCCGGGGGAGGCGCGGGCCACCGAGGAGCCGUCGGGGACCGGCUCGGACGAACUCAUCAAGUCGGACCAGGUCAACGGCGUGUUGGUGCUGAGCCUCCUGGAUAAGAUCAUCGGCGCCGUCGACCAGAUCCAGCUGACCCAGGCCCAGCUGGAGGAGCGGCAGGCGGAGAUGGAGGGCGCCGUGCAGAGCAUCCAGGGCGAGCUGAGCAAGCUGGGCAAGGCGCACGCCACCACCAGCAACACCGUGAGCAAGCUGCUGGAGAAGGUGCGCAAGGUCAGCGUCAACGUGAAGACGGUGCGCGGCAGCCUGGAGCGCCAGGCCGGCCAGAUCAAGAAGCUGGAGGUCAACGAGGCGGAGCUGCUCAGGCGCCGCAACUUCAAAGUCAUGAUCUACCAGGAUGAAGUCAAGCUGCCGGCCAAACUGAGCGUCAGCAAGUCGCUGAAGGAGUCGGAGGCGCUGCCGGAGAAGGAGGGCGACGAGCUGGGCGAGGGCGAGCGGCCCGAGGAGGACGCCGCGAUCGAGCUGUCGUCGGACGAGGCGGUGGAGGUGGAGGAGGUGAUCGAGGAGUCCCGCGCCGAGCGCAUCAAGCGCAGCGGCCUGCGGCGCGUCGACGACUUCAAGAAGGCCUUCUCCAAGGAGAAGAUGGAGAAGACCAAGGUGCGCACGCGCGAGAACCUGGAGAAGACGCGCCUGAAGACCAAGGAGAACCUGGAGAAGACGCGCCACACGCUGGAGAAGCGCAUGAACAAGCUGGGCACCCGCCUGGUGCCCGCCGAGCGGCGCGAGAAGCUCAAGACCUCGCGGGACAAGCUGCGCAAGUCCUUCACGCCCGACCACGUGGUGUACGCGCGCUCCAAGACCGCCGUCUACAAGGUGCCGCCCUUCACCUUCCACGUCAAGAAGAUCCGCGAGGGCGAGGUGGAGGUGCUGAAGGCCACCGAGAUGGUGGAGGUGGGGCCCGACGACGACGAAGACGAGGCCGGCGCGGGGGAGGGGCGCGGCGGGGCCGCCGACCUGCUGCGCGGGAGCAGCCCCGACGUGCACACCCUGCUGGAGAUCACCGAGGAGUCGGACGCCGUCCUGGUGGACAAGAGCGACAGCGACUGACCCUGCCGCCCCCUCUCGGCCCCGCCCCUUUCCGCCCCGCCCCCCUCCCUCAUCUUUUCAAACUGUCUCUUUUGCAUUCUCCUCGGGCCCCAGUCUGGUUGGGCUUUUUCUAAGCUAAAAACGCGUCCCCUGGAAGAGCACCCCCUCCAGAGCACAGGCUUUAGACCGAGGGUAGGUGGUCUCCUGCCACGGACAAACGGCCCAGGCCCUGGUUGUCCUGGCCCAGGAUUCUUUUCUCUGACCUUAGUUAGGCCCUGUUUGGGGGAGGGGGCGUCUGCCUGCCCCUCGGUCUCCCCGCCACAGCUUCUUCCUACACAGCUGCACCAUCCUGCUUCCUGAGCUCUUUUCCCUUAGCUUCGCCCCCGGGGAGACCCCAAAGCCAGAAUUUCUGCAAGAGAAAAGUGAUCCUUUACAACCCUUGGUGGGGGCGGCCUUUUAGCGCUAGCUUGCUAUCCCAACUACCUGAGAGAUUCGAGGCCUGUCCAGGCUACACAGUGAGUUCAAAGCCAGCCUGAGUAAUUUAGUGAGACCCUGUUUCAAAAUAAGAAGAGAUGGCUGGGGGUGUAUCGGUGAUAGGACCCUUAGAAAGUGGUGGCCGAUUCGGAGUACCAUGAAGAAAGAAUGAGUGUAGGGAGACCUUUGCCCGCUGGAAGGCCUGAGGGUUUUGGGGGGAACCUAAGGCAGCAGGGCGCGGUGGAGGCAGAGUGUGUGACCCUGUCCCCCCCAAAGUAAGCAGGAGGCAAUCGGUGCCUGGGAAAAGAUGGUAGGCGAGUAUGGGGAGGGGACAUAUUUACAAGUGUACAAAAUCUGCACCCAGGAGCACAUGAGUAUGGCUUUGUGAAGAAAUGGGGGGGGGGGAUAAGAGAAAGUUGAAAUGGGAUAAGAAAGAAAUGCCCUCAUUAGCAGCACAAAGAAAUUCAAGAGCAGAAUCCCGCUUUGGUAGGGGCUCGGGACGGCCGGACAGUUUCAAGAACAGGAGGGCAGCCAGUUCUAGAAAGUGUGCUAGGAGAAGAGGUAGGCCGCUCUCCUCCAGGGUCUGCGAACAGCCUGCUGGGUAGCCCUGUUUGCCAAGCCCAGAGAAUUAGGGUUCCAGCAGGGGGCAGCAGCAAGCCGUGGAGAGCAGGCAGUUAGGAGAGAGGUGGGGGGGAGGGAGCAAGGUGCCAGGCGAGGGCGGAGAGUCCUCGCGGGAAGCUGGAGCGGCAGCGCCUGCUGACCUGCCCUUCCCCGCGCCCUCCCAGCUGCUUCUAGCGUGGAUCUUUCCCUAGGGUAAAACUGUAGAACUUUCCAAGGCCUCCCUAGGUUCCUUGCCUUUGGGGGCACCUUACCCGAAAGUUGAGAGGAAGGGAGGGUGCUGAGGCUUGAUUCUAAUAGGUGAGGUUUUCUUCUGAGGACACACUGGUUCUCCCCCACCCCCUUUUCUCAUUAAAGGCUGGUCAGGAGCAAAGACAAGGCCUCCCCCAAAGGAUGGCCAGAGGCUAGUUUCUUCUCCCCACCUGCUCAUCUUCCCUGCUCUGCUUUUUAGAAUUGCAGCUAAUUGAUAUGGGGGGGGGGGGCGGGGCGGGGUAUAAAAACCACAAACCUUUUAUACAAUACAAAGCUUCGCUUUUUUAUUUUAUUUUUAAUUUUCCUUUUUUUCCUUGGUUCCCUUCCCCCCUCUGAAUGAUUGGAGAUAUGUAAGCUGAGGAGGGCGGGAAUGUAGGGUGAGGUCCCUUGGUGCUGAUGGGCUGAAGUUGUGGGCGGAUGCAGUUUCCUGUGGGGCUCUUCCUGAGGGGGCAGUCCCUCAUGUUGCUGUGUUCUGGUGAGCAGCCGGACCAAUAAACCUGCUUUUCUAAAA